AUGGCGUCCUCUAUGAGGGCAGCUACACGCUUUUCCUCCUUUUUUCUGAUGACGUCUAUUAGACAAAAUAUUAGCAGCGAAUUUAAGUGGUCCUGUCGAUCCUGCUCUACUCGACCGAUCAGGAGUAGUCUCUAUGAACAUAUACGGGAAGGAUACAGCCACAAACCUGAGCUGGACAUGCAGCGUGUGUGCGAGGACACGGACACAGUGGUUGCGGAGGUGGAGAAUCGGAAAGGAGAUAUGCGGGCAGCUGACGUCGGGAUUAUAGUCUCCGCCUGGAAGAAACUUCAGAAGCUGCAGAGAGAAAUAUCAGAACUGGAAGAAAGAAAGGAUGUAAUCAGUGCCAAAGUCCGCGCUCUUGUGGAUGAACAUGACAAAUCGACUUUAUCUAAUCUUGUUGAAUACAAGACUGCUAGAGAGGAAGGUAGAGCACUCAGAGAGAAGCUGAGUCAGUUGUAUUUGCAAGAGAGUGAGCUGGAGAAAGAACAUUAUUGUCGUGCUCUAAGACUGCCCAACAGAACGCAUCCAAGUGUGCCCAUAGGAGAUGAGAGCCAGGCAAAGAUGGUUGAAUUGGUUGGAGAGAAACGAGAAUUUGAUUUCAAACCUAAAGGCCACCUGGAAAUUGGAGAGGGUCUUGACAUCAUAAGACAAAGACGGCUUGCCCAUGUGUCAGGGCACAGAUCAUAUUAUUUGAGAGGGGAAGGGGCUAGACUUCAGUUAGCCUUGCAAAAUUUUGUAAUGGAUCUUCUUCAGAGAAGGGGCUUUAUUCCCAUGGUUGUCCCUGAUAUAUUAAAAGGAGUGGUUUUUGAGGGUUGUGGGAUGCAGCCUCAUGCUCAUAAAUCGCAGGUGUAUUCUCUGGACCCUACUCGCUUUCCUGACCUUAAUCUUGCUGGUACAGGAGAAGUGGGAGUGGCAGGUUAUUUCAUGGAUCAUGCUGUACAUUUGAAAGAUGUACCUGUCAGGACAGUGUGUAGUAGCACAUGCUAUCGAGCAGAAACGGAUACUGGUAGAGAGCCCUGGGGGCUUUACAGAGUUCACCAUUUUAACAAGGUCGAAAUGUUUGGUGUAACUUCAAAUGAGACGGGAGAGGAGAGUUCCAAGUUGUUGGAUGAAUUUGUCACAUUACAGAAGGAGAUUUUCUCUUCCCUGAAGCUUCAUUACAGAGUCUUGGAUAUGCCCACUCAAGAACUGGGGCCCCCUGCCUUUAGAAAGUAUGAUAUUGAGGCAUGGAUGCCAGGCCGUGGCAGCUUUGGAGAGCUUUCCAGUGCCUCAAACUGCACAGACUACCAGAGCCGGCGCCUUAAUAUUCUCUAUGAGGGAAAUGAUGGAAACCUGACAUAUGCACAUACAGUAAAUGCAACAGCUUGUGCUAUUCCCCGUACCAUUAUUGCCAUUUUGGAGACACACCAAAAUAAGGAGGGGACAGUUUGGGUUCCUGAAGUCCUGCAGACCUACCUCGGGUUGGAAGUGAUAGAAAAACCUAAAUACACCCCUCUUAAAUAUAUUGGACCAAACCAACCCAAGCGGCAUACCUCAAAAUAAACUCUGAAAUAGUAUAUCAGACUAAAGUGAAGUACUAUUUUAGCUGUAUUCUCAACACUGAGUGCAAUGUAAAUAUGUGUUUGUUAUAAAGUUUCUCAGUCCAAAUGAUCAAGAUUAAUUUAAUUUAAAUGUAUGAAAUUUUCAGUAAAAUGUCGUCAGUGACAAGUCUGAAUUUCCUGUGACUUCACGGACUAAACUUCUGCCUUUUUUUCCUGUCUGGGUGUAAUUUAAAACCAGGUGUUGUCAUUGCUGCUGCCACAAAAAAAAAAAAACCCAGAAAACUGGAUUUCUAUGUAGUAUUUAUCAUAAUAAAACAUUUAAUGAUGAUAAUGUUGUUCCUGUUGCAGUGUAAGGUCAGGAGUUUGAUUCCCAGGGAAUACACAAACUCAUUAAAUAAACUUAUAAAAGCAUCUGCCAAAUGCAUAAAUGUAAAUUAUGUUGAAAACAUUUUUUUAUCUAAAAGGCUAAGUAUUUAAGAUGACUAUUUGCUCUCUUUACUAAAUUUGUGCAA